AUGACCACCGCGCCACCCGAUCACCUCUCCAAGCUCCCCAGUGACCUCCUCGUCGACUCACUGCUGCCCGCCAUCGCCCCUCGCGACCUCGUCGCCCUUUCGCUCGCGAAUCGCGCGUGGCACCACUUUGUCGCCGGCGAGGGCGGGCCCUGCGAGAUCCUGUGGCAGCGCCGCGCCGCGAGCGACUUUCGGUUCCCGGUGCUCGCGAGCGGCAGGCGCACUGGGUGGCGGGCGCUGUACUCGUCGCUCGCCUCGUCGUCGGCCAGCCAAACGACCAACGGCCGCCUCGGCUUCCCUUCCCACCGCACCGGCAUCCCUCCCUCGCUCCGCUCCCUCGUCAUCGGCGACGCCCUCCCCGUCCCGACCCUCAUCGAGCUCCCUGCACCGCCCGUCGCCCUCGUCGCCGGCGGGUGGUCCUUCCAUGCCCUCGGCAGCAACGGCGAGGUCGUCAGCUGGGGGCAGCUCAACGGCGGCCUCUUUGCCGGCGACGACGCGCCCCUCUCGAACGAGGGCCGCACCGUGCGGCCCAUGGUGCUCCCGCAGAGCGAGGCCGUCGGCCCCGUCGCGCAGCUCGAGGCCGGCAGGGCGCACGUCGUCAUGCGCGGCGAGGACGGCAGGGCGUGGGAGGUGCGCGCGCUCGGCCGGGUCGUCGAGGUGCGCGACGAGGGCGGGCGGUGGGGUGCGAGUGCGGGCGGCGGGCAGGGAGCGAUCGUGCUCGUUCAGGCGGGAUGGGACUACUCGGCCGUCUUGACGGCGGGCGGCGACAUCUACGUGUGGUGGGGCCUCGCUCCGGCGGCGAGCGACGAGGGCGCAGCAGCGGCGGGCGAGGACGACCUCGACGACCCGUCGUCGCAGGGCGUCGCCUUCCCGCUCGACCUCGACACGCUCCGCCUCCCUCCCCUUCCCUCCUCCUCCUCCUCGACCCUCGCCGCCGACCCCAUCUCGCUCAUCAGCUGCGGCGACGACUUGAUCCUCGCCCUCACCCGCACCGGCACCCUGUACCGCCUCGACCUGUCGCCCGUCGCGCCCAACCCGAACCAGCCUCGCAUCCCGCCGGGCGCCUUCAACGACCCGCACGACAGCCCGAUCCGCUCGCGCGAGAGCCGCAGCCGUCUCGAGGCGGCGUUCGUGUCGGGCGCGCGCAGGUGGACGUGCCUGCGCCGGUUCUGCGACAUUAGCGAGGUCGGCCGGCUCGAGGGCCUGAGCGUGUCGGGCGAGACGCGCAUCACGCACGUCUCGGCGCACUUUGAGUCGUUCGCUGCCUACUCAGUCCCGUCGUCGUCGGACCCGACGGGCUCGAUCGUGCUCCUCGGCCGCAAGGACAUGGACGACUCUGCGGCGCCCGUCGUCAUCCCUCAACUGCAGAACAUCGGCGUCAUCAAGAUCGCGCACGGCGACUACCACAACCUCGCUCUCACCUCAUCCGGUCAUCUCUUCGCGUGGGGCGCCUGGUCGGCCGGCGCACUCGGACUGGGCCACCCUCAGCUCGCCAACACGCCCCUCUCGUCCCCUACCGCCGCUCCUCCACCUCGCGACAGCCAGCAGCAGCCUCGUCCCUACCCGAUGCCGCAGUUCGGCGACGCCCCUCAGCAGCCGCACCCGCUGUUUCCGGGCUUCCUCCCCGCUCGCCCCGCCGCGCCGGUCCAGCGCCCGCCCGAGCGGGUCGACAUGCCGACGCGCGUGCGCUUCCACGGCGAGCUGCGCGGCGGGACCGAGACGGGCAGGGCCAAGUACGUGUACGCCGUCGCGGCGAGCGGGUGGCAUAGCGGGUGCCUCGCCGUCGAGGCGUCGUCGUCCUCGCCCUCUUCGACCUCGACGACGGCAACUCGCCCCGACGCCGACGACGACGAUGACGAGCAAGAAGAGCCGAUGAUCCGCCUGCAGCGCCGGGCGACGGCCGAGCAGGAGAUGGCCGACCUCGCGCGCGCGGCCGACGAGGAGAGGCUCAACGGCUCGAGAGGGUGGAUGGGCCGGCUCGGGACGAUGGGCCCGUUCAGGGUCGGGUUCGCGGGGCGAGGAGCGAGGGGCGGCGGAGCGGGCGGCCUGACGAGGGGAGGAGGGCGCGUCUGAGCAGGUCGGCGAGGCGGCUGUCAUGCGCAAUCAGUUCUCUCC